GUCGUCAUUUUCUUCUUUCUACUGAAACUCACACAGUAAUCGCCGGCUUUUUAGACGUAAAGCUUGGAAUUGCUUCCUACAAUGGCAAAGUGGGGCGAAGGAGAUCCACGAUGGAUUGUAGAAGAGCGAGCUGAUGCGAAGAAUGUAAAUAAUUGGCACUGGACGGAGAAAAAUGCGUCUCCUUGGUCUAAAGACAAGUUCGAGGAACUCCUUAAAGGCCUUGAAAUCGAAAACGAGCAAGGAAAGUGUAAGAUCACAAAUAUCUCUAAGGUUGAGGGAGAGGCCUUCGCAAAUAACCGUAAAGCCAAGCUUAUUUUUCUCUAUGAGUGGGUUAUUCAGCUAGAGUGGUCUGGAACUCUCACGGAAAGUGAGAAUGUCUUGAAGGGCAAAGUAGAAAUCCCCAACUUGAGUGAAGAGAAUGAGAUCCAUGAAGUAGAUGUGAAUGUGAGCACAAACAAGGACACGAAAGAAGGUGAUAAGCUCAAGGCCAUCAUGAGAACUGUUGGUGUCAAGCUAAUUAGGCAAAGGUUGGCUGAUUAUGUUCAUCAAUUAAAAACUGAAUUCAUUCAAGGAAUGAUUCUGCCGUCCAAAGAUGCAACCAACAAGCCUGAUAUUCCUCCAACCCAGCAGGAACAAGCGAAAGAGGCAUUUAAGAACUUGGCUGUUUCUCCUGGCACAGAUGCUUACAAAAACGGACCCACCAAGCCCCUUGGUGUGCCGAUCUCAACCAAGAAACUUAUUAUGAAGGAGGAGUUCCUCAUGUCUGCCGAGGAUCUUUACAGCACUCUCACAGAAGAGCAGAGGGUGUCGGCGUUCACACGUGACUCCUGCAAGGUUGAUGCCACAAGGGGUGGCUCAUUUGUGCUGCUCGAUGGCCAAGUCUCGGGCAAGUUCACUGAGCUGAUUCGGGACGAGAAGAUUGUAAUGGAGUGGCGACAGAAGAGCUGGCCAGCCGGACACCACUCUACCGCCACCAUUACCCUCUCACAGAAGGACGACCGCACGGAGCUCAAGUUGGUGCAGGCAGGGGUGCCCGAGGCUUCUUAUGAAAACACCAAGCAAGGCUGGAAACAGUACUAUUGGGCCGCUAUCAAGCAGACCUUCAUGUGCGGGGAGCGCUAUUUCUGACAGCGCGCGCACGCCGUUCUGUCGAUGCACCUUCAGAAUGCAAUGGCGUGCUAGACUAGCCGAAUUAUAUUGCUCUCACUAUAAAGACUCUGUUAAACAAGGACACUA